GAAUCGCUGCCAUGGAUUCAGCCACGGCGGCGUCGGUGUACCGCAUGAGAUUCCCCGUCACCGCACGCUCGCGGGAUGACCCGCGGCUCCUGGGAUGGAGGAUGGUUGAUGGCAAAAGCCAGGCGCUGCAGCAGCGACACCUGGCCGAACUGGAGGCGGAGGGCAGGAAGAUGAAGGAUCAACCGAAGGAGGACACGCCGGGAUCGGGGAUGCUGGCGGCCAUUGCGCACUUUGAUGCGUUGCAAGCAGCAAAGAAACCUGUGAUCAAGGCGGAGGUGGCGGAAUUUGAAGCGUCACCUGGGGCUGAAGUUGCCGAGGUGUUGCCACUUUCUGAAGUGAUUGCCGAGGCAGGACAGGGGCAGGGUCAGGAUGGGCCAGGCCUUUCUCUCCGCGAUCGGCUGCUGCGGCAGGCAGCAGCCGGGAAGGUGUUGGGCUGCUGGUGUGACCUGCAGUUGAGGGCUG